UCCCGGAACUCCUCCCCUUUGAGCGGCCCCAAUGAACCGUCAUCGUUUCUCCCUCUUCAAUCUUCCGUCUGAUCUCCCCACCUUUUGGCAAUCUGCUAUCGAUCCUGCCUUCUCUUUCCAGAUCCGGGAGCUCAGCGUACAGAUCUUGGACGAGGACAAGUGGAACGGGUGGUGGGACGCCUACGUAGAGCUCAACUUCUGUUUGGUGUGCUUAGUGUUUCAUUGGGCGGAGCCAGCCCCCGAAGCUGAAGGGGGUGAGGUCCCGGACAACGAGGUGGAACUGUUGAUCGUGCAAGCUUGGCGAACGAGUACGGAGGGAGAAUUGUUGGGGAUAUUAUUUGGCAAGGUGGAGGAAAGACAUCUCGAAGCAAUUACGGACGAGUUGCUGGUGUUUUUGGUGCAACUCGUGGACGAUUUACGUCUCGACAUCCUGUCGAGGUGUGACGGGAAGCCGGGGACCGACGUGCUCGCUCGCGCGCUUGCACCACAUCUUAUGUGGUCCACAUGCACAGAGCUGGACGGGGAUAUCUGCUUUUACCCGUCCCCAACUCUCUAUCUCGACAUUAACGUCACUGAUCUCACACUAUGGGACCCUUUUGUCUGGCGAGGAAACACACUAGAGGCCGGUGAAAAAGAAGAAGAAGAAGAAGAAGAAGAAGAAGAAGAAGAAGAAGAAGAAGAAGAAGAAGAAGAAGAGGAGUCAGGGGAAGAAGAAUCGGGCACCGAUCGAGACGAUCCCGACUACAUUGGGUUGGAGGAGGAAGAGGAAAGUGCAUCAGGAGAGCCAAGUAGUCGUCCUCCGUGAAGUAAAGAAGAGGAGGAAGC